AUGUUCACGGUCCUCACGUUGGCCACGCAGAUCCUCAGCAACUUCAAUGUGAUCGCGCAGACGCUGGAGCAGGCCAACAACUUUGGCUCCCACCAGAAUCACAUCAAACAACUGCGAAUACCGGGCGAUCUGAUCAUUGGCGGGGUUUUUCCCGUGCACGCCAAAGGACCGCAGGGCGGUGGGCCAUGCGGCGAGAUCAGCGAGACCAGGUGGGAAAUGGGAGGUUUGGGGGUUGCUUUACAGUUGUACAUAGAAGUAAAUACUUCAAGUGCAUCACUUUAAUUUUUGCUAAAAUUUAGUACAAACUUAUGUCAGAGCAUGAAAAAAAGCUUUUUAUUAGCCUGUCGGGAAAAUAAUGAGCACUCUAUCGCAUCGAAAAUCUAGAAUCGCCGCCGAGAAAAUCAAUAGUGUCGCGGCAAAAUCAAGUUACUUUUCACCGCAGCGACAUUGUGCUCAUUAUUUUCUCUACAGACUGGUAAAAAACUCGCUGUUUUUUUACUCACGUUCUGCGAAUAAAUGGUACCAAAUUUUACCAAAAAUUUUUUUUUCUGUCCGCUUUCCGUAUUACCCUCUUACCUUUGGAGAUGGCAAAAAAUUGAGCUGCGACUUUUAUGAAAGAAUACUAGUAAUGGAACUUCAUUAAAAAAUAUCCAUGCAAAGCUAAUCUUUUCAUAUCAAUCAUCAAUUUCCAGAGGUGUUCAUCGGGUUGAAGCAAUGUUAUAUGCCUUAGACAUCAUAAACUCACAGCCCGACUUUCUCAGAGGAUACAAACUUGUAAGUCGCUUUUAUUUGACCAUAUAUCAGUCUGCGAAUUUGUUGGGAAAAUAAUGGGCCCAAUGCCGGUGCGCCGAUCAUGUCGCUGAAAUCGAAAACAAUUCGAUUUUGCCACAACACAAUUAAUUUUCUCGGCGGCAAUACAAUUUUGAAUGCUACAGAGUGCUCAUUAUUUUCCCGACAGACUGAUAGCUCAAUUAUUUCGGCAUCUUCCCAUUCCUAACGACAUUUGCUGACAAAAUUUACAGUAAUUUAUGACCUUCCAGGGUGCUCUAAUAUUGGAUUCCUGCAGUAAUCCCUCGUACGCUUUGAAUCAAAGUUUGGAUUUUGUCCGUGAUAUGAUUGGCUCCACCGACUCCUCCGAAUAUCAAUGUGGCGACGGCUCACAGCCCGCGUUGCGGAAUACACCGAAGAAAAAGGUGGUGGCAGUCGUUGGAGCGUCUUAUUCGUCGGUUACUGUGCAGGUGAGGUGGUGUAAUUUAGGCUUGUAAAAUUUAAAUUCAAUUUUGAUGACUAUUUUCGUUUCAGAUAGCAAAUCUACUGCGGCUAUUUCGGAUAGUUCAAGUCAGUCCGGCCAGCACAAAUGCCGAUCUCAGCGAUAAAAGUCGCUUCGAAUUUUUCGCGAGGUAACUUUUUAAAUACCGUAGAGUGUAGUAAAUAUAAUAUAUGUCGCCUCUGUACAACAAAUCCCGAUAUAUCAAAAACUCUGUGUAACGUUGUUUUUGUUGUUGUUUCAAGGGGCCCAAGAGUCAAUUUAAGGUCAAAAUAGACCCCUGUACACCGAAAACUUUCUAUAACGAAUAUGUCUUCUUGGUCCCACAAUUCGUUCUACAGAGGUUUGACUGCAUUUUGCCCCCUAUUUUAUAACUUUUUUCAUAUUUUUUUUAAUUUUUAUUUUUCAGAACAGUCCCCAGCGACACUUAUCAAGCUCGGGCGAUGGGUGAGAUCGCCGCCAAGUUCAAUUGGACGUAUGUUUCGCUAGUCUACUCGGCCGAUGAAUAUGGAGAGCUUGGAGCGGACGCGUUCAAAAGAGAGGCCCGCAAGUUGAACAUUUGCAUCGCGGCGGAAGAAAGGUUGUCGAUUAAUGAUUUGUCAUCAAUCAAAGAGUCCGUGGGGAAUUUGGUGAAAAAGUAAGUGGACAGUCAAUCUCAACGAUGAAUCAAGUACGUUUCAAACUUUUGAAAUCGUUGGCUACAGACAGGGUUCGUUGCACGGGAGUUGUGCAUCAAAACAAAAGGUUUUUACUGUAAUUUACCGUUAGUAUAUUUUCACUAAACUUCCAGCAGUGUCUGGGGAUCAAAGCUAAGAAAUAUCGAACAUAGAUCAUAUUAAAAUUUAAUUAAAAGUUGAUUUUGUGACCAUUCCUGCAUAACCCGAUUUUUCAGGCUCCAACCUGACAAAGAUGUGGGCGCCCGAGUGGUUGUUCUCUUCGUUGGCACUGAGUACAUUCCCAUUCUAAUGCAAACAACGGCAAAUGAGAUAAAACAGUAUGGCCUCAACAAGAAGAAUAUUAUCUGGUAAGCGCCUUAUUGUCAUUUCUUUGGAAGAUAUAAAAAAUCACGGCCUCCGGGAUGGUAAUUCAAAGUUUCCUUACUUUCAGGCUUGCUAGUGAGAGUUGGGAUCGCAAUAAUGAGGCGUAUACGUCCGGAGCAAGGCGGCUGGCCGCCGAGGGCGCGAUUGUUUUGAUGUUGGAGUCGCAACGGGUACCCAGUUUCGAAAAUGUGAGUUUUAACAUUUUUUUGAUGACAAACAAAUUGCGCUUGGUUUAAAAUACGUUGCACAAAUUUUUUCAGUACUAUUUAUCGCUUUAUCCGGGUCAAGAGAAGUUCGAACGAAACAAAUGGUUGAGGGAGUUGUGGCGGAGGAAAUUCAAUUGCGAAUUCGAUUUGCCGGAGGACACAACGAUCAAUCGGUAAGACAGUGAAAUUUUGAACCAGCAUACAACAAAAGCUGCCUAUAACAAACAGUUUCAGAUAUAGUAAAAGUCAUUUAUACGCUAAAACAAAACUCGCUAAAACGAAACCUCUCAAUAACAACAACAUUUCUUGGCCUCUUGCCAUUUGUUGCACAGAAACCUGACUAUAUUUUAUUGACUUCUACUGCGAUAUUUCCAAAUUUUUUUAUCUUUUUUCUAGCCUAUCUAAAUAUUAUAUGUAUAAUAAAUACAUAUUUCAUUUACAGCUGUGAAGCCCAACGGGAAUCGCGUGAAAGUUUCACUCCCGACGACAAAAUCCAAUUCGUCAUUGAGGCCGUGUUCGCCAUCGCGCACGGCCUUCAGGAGAUGAAGAACGAGCACUGCAAACAAGAUACAAUCGAAACUUCAUGGAUCUCUCGCCACUCCGGAUAUCCGCAGAUCUGCGCCGCCAUGAGACACAUUGAUGGCGCCGAUUUUUACACCAAAUACCUGCUGAAUGUCACAUUCUCCGACUUGGUGGGACGGCAGGUCCAUUUCAGCCCCGAGGGUGAUGGGCCGGCGCAUUACACGAUUUUGAAUUAUCAACCGGAUCGACAGAACAAAGUGGGGAGUCGGACGAGCAGUGACUACGUGGAAGUGGGGAGCUGGUCGGAGAGGAAGGUGAGGAGAAUCUGCCGACAGAAAAGUAUUAGGUUGAUGCAUAAUUAUCAGGCGUUUUUUCAACAAGUUGCGCGAUUAGCUUUGUUGUUGUCGGAGGGUUCGUGAGGGACCCAUCCAGCCAAUUUCCAUACCUAAUAACAAAAAUCGGGAAGAUAAGAUAUCAGUCUACUGGAAAAAUAAUGAGCAGAACAUAGCUUACCGAUCGCGUCACUGAAGUAAAAGACAAUUUGAUUUCGCCGCAACAUAAUUGAUUUUCUCGGCGGCGAUGCGGUUUUCAAUGCGAUAUUGAGCUCAUUAUUUUCCAGACAGACUCAUAGCAAAAUUCGUGGCACUGCGGGUCGGGUCAAGUUUUUUUCAUGGGGUGGUCAAGUCUUUCCCCUAAUAUUAUUUUUUCCCCGAAAUUCAGACUGUUAUAUGGGAGGUUAAUCAAGGUAAAUCUGGUCAGUUCUUGUUGAUUAUUUCAAGAACAAGUCUUAUUCUAUUUUUAGAAAUCAAAUUUGAUUGAAUUACGGUGUGGGUUUGCCUCAAUUUUUAGCAUUCUUUGGGGGUAUGUAUUCUAUACCUAAAUGAUCAAUUGUGAGACAGUUUCAAGUCUGAUUUACGAUAUCGUUUCCAUUUCACCUUCGGACGUACGCCACCUGUCCAAUAAAGGUAAGUAACUGUGAAUCUGGUAGUCCGUUUUUUAGUAAUUAAAGAUUUUGUAUAUUAUUCUAGGUUAUUCAGAAAAUUUUGUACGGGAUUUGCCUGGUUUUCCCUCAAAAUCACGUCCAACAUAUUAAUUUUACUGUCCUAACCACGUUUUCCAUCACCAGAGGUCUUCACAGAUGUGAUCCAGACGUUAUACGUUACAGGGAUCAUGUAUAACAUCCGCCUGAAAAAAACGCUAGAUUGGUCUCAAACACAUUUUUGCUUCGCUUGAUGAUCCUCGAAAGUAUUUUCUUUGAUUUUUAUGAAAAUUCCGCAUAGUUUGGGCGUUGAAUUUCAUCUCUACCUAAAAUCUGCAUCAACUUUGGACACAAAGAAAAAGUCUAAAAGAGAAGGAGAAACCUGUCCACUUACGUUUUUAUAGGCACUAGAGACCAAUAUUACGCUAAAUAAUCUAAUCCAGGCCGAAAACUUGGCAAAUCUCAACAAAAAUCUUCAAAAGUACCUAGUAUAAUAUACAAAAUCUUUAAUUACUAGAAAACGGACUACCAGAUUCACAGUUACUUACCUUUAUUGGACAGGUGGCGUACGUCCGAAGGUGAAAUGGAAACGAUAUCGUAAAUCAGACUUGAAACUGUCUCACAAUUGAUCAUUUAGGUAUAGAAUACAUGCCCCCAAGGAAUGCUAAAAAUUGAGGCAAACCCACACCGUAAUUCAAUCAAAUUUGAUUUCUAAAAAUAGAAUAAGACUUGUUCUUGAAAUAAUCAACAAGAACUGACCAGAUUUACCUUGAUUAAUCUCCCAUAUAACAGUCUGAAUUUCGGGGAAAAAAUAAUAUUAGGGGAAAGACUUGACCACCCCAUGAAAAAAACUUGACCCGACCCGCAGUGCGUGGUGCUGUUUCCAGAAUUUCCCCACAUUUUGCAAAGAUUUUUGCCAUGCAAAUGGAUUACAAUGAGGGAUGAGGGACCUGAUCCAGUGGCAAAAAAACGCCCGCCACUGUAGUUUUCAAAAAUUUUUGCUCCAAUUUUACUUGGCCAAUUUUCAUGCCUCAAACCGUGAUUUUUUGUCAGCCUUUGACGUAAAAAUAUAGUCAAAAAAUAAGUACAACCAAAUCUUUUGCAACCAAGCCUGCCUACAACAAAUAAUUUCAAAGGUUCUAAAAGUCAAUUUUAGGCCAAAAUUCUCCUUUAUAAAAAAUUUCUUGAGCUCUGAGAUUAGUUGUACAGAGGUUUCAAUAUCUUUUUAAAACCCCUCCUCUACAUUUCAUCUUCAAUUUUCAGCUCGAAAUCGACCAUAAUGCAAUGUUCUGGGCUGCUGAGGAGGGCGGAAAGAUCCCAAUCUCCCAAUGCAGUAUGCCUUGCCCGGUUGGCUACAAAAAACAGUUAAUAAAGUCGGACGAAGUCUGUUGCUGGGCCUGCGGAAAGUGCGAAGACUACGAGUACUUGAUCAAUGACACAACUUGUAUGGACUGUGGCCAAGGACGAUGGCCAAAGCCCGACCGGAAGUCCUGCUUCGACCUGAAGGACCGGCAUUUACGUUACAUGCGCUGGAACAGCUACUAUUCGAUUGUGCCGUGCAUUUUUGCGGUCAUUGGAAUUACAGUAACCUUGUUUGUGAUUGCAUGCUACGCGAUCUAUAAUGACACGCCGGUGGUUAAAGCGUCGGGCAGAGAACUGUCGUACAUCUUGCUGAUAUCGCUGAUCAUGUGCUAUUCGAUGACGUUUGUGUUGAUUUCGCCGCCAACAACUUUUGCGUGCGCUGUGAAACGGACCGGUAAGUUGGGCGCGAACACAGAUUGACUUCUUUUGCGCUACCGCCUAGGUCCUCCCUGCAAAAUUCUGAAAAUUCUACAAGGAAAUGCGACGCUCAGAUUUUGAUGAAAUUUGGCGCAAAUUUACAACAAUUUUUUCAACACAUAUACAAGAUUUCUAGCUGGUUUUUUGAAGGAACUACCGAGAUCUUUAAGACAAAAUUUGGUAAAAGAUGACGCACUUUUUUGCGAAUUUUGGCACAAAAAGUUCCAUGUAUAUUUUCACCGCAGAGUGUGAUGUUUCGAUUAAAAAAUAUUUUUUUUGCGCAAAACUGGCAAAGAUAUAACCAAAGAGUGUUUCUCUCUGACCGGUCUGCGCGUUUUACACAUUCUCUCGGCCGAAAAGAUCCUUGAAUAUCUCCGCUGCGCCUUCAAAUCGCGGGCUAGAAUUUUGAGGAAUUGAUAUGUGGAUUAUGUCUGACGCGUAUGCAAGCUCCAAAGAAAAUCUGAGACGGCUUCUAUGCAAAAGCAAAAUCAAAGCAAGACUAUCAGCAGCGUAUUUUAAACUCAAUCUUAUUUCUAUAUUUCUUUUUCAGGCAUCGGAUUUGCCUUCUCCGUUCUCUACUCUGCAUUGCUCGUCAAAACCAACCGAGUCCAUCGAAUUUUCGCCUCCGCAACUCGAUCCGCGAAACGCCCAGCCUGCAUCUCACCUUCCAGCCAAAUCGUUCUCACCUGCAUUCUGGCCGGCGUUCAACUAAUCGGCUCCAUUUUCUGGCUCUUUAUUGUGCCUGCGGGCACAAGAAUCGACCAUCCGACCAGAGAUCAGGUCGUGUUGACCUGCAAUGUGCCGGAUCAUCAUUUCUUGUAUUCGUUGGCGUAUGAUGGCGCGUUGUUGAUUACGUGCACCGUUUUCGCCGUGAUGACAAGAAAAGUCCCCGAGAAUUUCAACGAGACAAAAUUCGUGGGGUUCAGCAUGUACACAACGUGUGUUAUUUGGGUCUCAUGGAUCGCGUUCUUCUUCGGGACGGCGAAUAAUUUUGAGGUGAGCGAGGAAAUUAUUUGUUUUGUAAAAUACGAAAAAUCCUAAAAAUUACACAAAAAUUAGAUUUUCCGACAUUUUAAGGGCAAGAAAAUACAUUUUUUGGGAUUUUAUUCAAAAAGCUCAGUAAGAUCUUCAACAAAAAAUAGUCUUUUCAGACUCGAAUUCAAACAAAAAGUAUUGCAAAAAAGUUAUUUUUCUCUUCGACUUUCCGCAUUUUCCGCACUCUCUCAUCCGCAAAGACCGCUGAGAAUCUAGGCUACAAUUUCAAAACUACAUAAUAUUAUACUUUCAAGCGUUAAAAUACAGGGUACUUAUCAGUCUGUCGGGAAAAUAAUGAGCACUGUGCCGCAUCGAAAAUCGCAUCGCCGUCGAGAAAAUGAAGUUUGUCGUGGUAAAAUCAAAUUUCUUUUCACUUUAGCGAUGGAAUUAUGCUCAUUAUUUUCCCGACAGACUGAUAGGACUAAAUUUAAAAAAAUUUUUUUUGAGUGACCCCGAAUUCGAGUAAAAACUCUCUUUAUAUUCAUAAUUUUUUUGGACAAAAAAAUAUGAGCUUCGUCCUUAAACUGAUUUCCAUGUCAAAUCAUAUUUUAUUACGUUAAUUUCCAGAUUCAAACCACCUCGCUUUGCAUAUCAAUCUCCAUGUCCGCAAAUGUGGUUUUGGCGUGCAUUUUCUCGCCGAAACUUUGGAUCAUCUUCUUCGAGAAGCACAAAAAUAAGCCCGAAGGCUUCGAAAACAGUGUCCACAAGAAAUGGAAUUCAAAGUGAGUUCAAUUAAAAAAAAUUUUUUUUUUAUUUUUUUUUUGAAAAAUAUUCAAAAUUUUCUUCCAGUUACAACUCGAUUGCCCGCCACAACACUGUAAAUCAUAGCAACAAUGCGAGCAAUCAUCGCGAUACCUCAAACACGUCGACGGAAAAAGAGGACCCCGACAUUUACACGGGUUUGUUGUCCAAUCAACGAAGACGCAGCAGUCGGAAACAGUCGGAGAAGGACAGUACCAGUACGAUCAAUGCGCAUGACACUUUCUUGUAA